AGCUGUGUAGAUCAGUACUAGUAUCAGUAUUGUAGUACAGUACUACUGCCUUUACCCGGAAGCAAAAUAAUUUCAUUUUUUUUUUGCAGAGGGGGGAGAAUCUCCUGAAAGAGCAUUUGAACCGCAGACUUCGGAGCCCCGCUCGCCAUGUCCUUCGCUCGCCUGGUGCAGCUCCACCUGUUGCAGGGCAGGUGGGCAGCGCACCGCCGGGCUCCUCCGCUGCGCACUGACCGGAAGAGUUACGCGGCCGGGGAGCAGAGCCGGGGGCUGGACCGCGCUGUGGGUGCCUUCCGCGCCGUGACGGGGGACGAGGGUGUUUCUGUAGGGGAUGCAGUCAGGGAGCAGCAUGGCAGGGACGAGUCGGUGCACAGCUGCCGGCCCCCAGACGUGGUGGUCUGGCCUCGGAGCGUGGAAGAGGUGAGCGCCCUUGCCCGGAUCUGUCACCACCACCGCCUCCCCAUCAUCCCCUUCGGCACCGGGACCGGCCUGGAAGGAGGAGUCGGGGCCCUCAAGGGCGGGGUGUGCUUCGACCUGCGGAAGAUGGACCGGGUCCUGGACCUGCACGCUGAGGACUUCGAUGUGACGGUGGAGCCCGGUGUGACUCGCACGGCUCUCAACAGCCACCUGCGGGACAGCGGCCUCUGGUUUCCUGUCGACCCCGGAGCGGACGCCUCGCUGUGCGGGAUGGCUGCCACCAGCGCCUCUGGCACCAACGCGGUGCGCUACGGGACAAUGAGGGAGAACGUGCUCAACCUGGAGGUGGUCCUUGCUGAUGGAACAGUCUUCCACACGGCAGGCAGAGGACGCCGCCCAAGGAAAACGUCGGCCGGCUACAACCUGACUAACCUGUUCGUCGGCUCCGAGGGCACGCUGGGCAUCCUGACGAAGGCCACCCUCCGGCUGUACGGCAUCCCAGAGGCCAUGGUGUCGGCCGUCUGUUCCUUCCCCUCCGUGCAGGCUGCGGUGGACAGCACCGUGCAGAUCCUGCAGUGCGGCAUCCCCAUCGCUAGGAUCGAGUUCCUGGAUGACGUCAUGAUUGACGCCUGUAACCGCUACAGCCGCCUGUCGUACCCAACCUCCCCCACGCUCUUCCUGGAGUUCCACGGCAGCGAGCGGAGUCUGGAGGAGCAGGUCUCCAUGGCAGAGGAGCUGGCCGGGGCCAACGGCGGCUCAGACUUCAGCUGGGCGCGGGACGCAGAGACCCGCGGGAAGCUCUGGAAGGCGCGGCACGACGCCUGGUACGCUGCCCUGGCACUGCGCCCUGGCUGCAAGGCCUACUCCACGGACGUGUGCGUCCCCCUGUCUCGACUCCCCCAGAUCAUCGUUGAGACGAAGGCCGAUCUCAUCAAGAACAAGCUCACAGGUCCCAUUGCGGGUCACGUUGGCGAUGGAAACUUCCACUGUCUCAUGGUCCUUGAUCCAGAUGACCCAGCGGAGGUCCAGCGUGUUCAUGAGUUCACGAACCGCCUGGCCCGGAGGGCUCUGGCCCUGGACGGGACCUGUACAGGAGAGCACGGCGUGGGGCUGGGUAAGCGGGCUCUUCUGCGGGAGGAGGUGGGGCCUCAGGCCAUGGAGGUGAUGGAGGCGCUCAAAGCAUCCCUGGACCCCAAAAACCUCAUGAACCCCGGAAAGGUCCUCUAAUUGGCCACUGCACCUCUACACCUCUGCUGCACUCCAGAGAGCCCGAUUCACGUUAGCUUGGUGUAGUACUAACUCGGCUCUGGGACAAUAUGCAGUUCUGUGCACCCUUGGGGGUGUUGUACACUCACAGAGGGGAAACAUGGGAGAGUUUAAGACCAAAGUCCCUCACAACUCUGGCAGAGAAGCCCCUAGGACUCCCCUAGGGCUGCAUAGCAAGAGGAUUGCGGGUUCAAGGCCCCGUUUUCAAAACUGCAACUACAGCUCUAAACAAGGUGCCCGAGCCCUGAUUGCUCCAACCAGUCCACUUCUGUGCAUGCGUACCAGCUGGGGCUAAAAUACAUUUCCACUCGCUGUAGAACUGGUGAUGCUGGCGAUUUUACUGGAACACUGGUAAGGAAUUCGCAAUGGUUGAUCUUCAUUAUACAUAGGGCUCCUGUUUGUUUUCAGUGGAAGGAUUGCAUUUGUUUUGAGAGUUGUGUAAAGUAACAUGCACAGUUUUUGUUCUACAUUUGAAAGAAGGUUUAACUAAGCAGAAAGAGAGCUAAAGAUACCUGAUUUUUUUUCCAUUGAUACUAAUCAAACAACUUUUAUUUUUAGAUUCGCUUUAAAAUACUUCAAGCAAAGCAGCACCAUGAUUGUGUAGUUUCAAACGAAUUUUGUCAGUAAAAUUUGUUUUUAUUUAAAUUGCUUCCAUUUUUUUAAAAUGAAGUCCUGACUGGAGAAAAAAUAGGCUAUUUUUGUGUGCAAACCUAGUGAAUGUUUAUUUGCACCUGGUAUAAUAUCAGGUCCCUGAACAUAAUAGCUGUAUUCAGGAAUGUGUGCUGAAGGCUUGAUUGAACAGACUGUUCAUGAUUUAACUAAUGUUGUAUUUUAUUCUGAUCAAUAAAAGAAUUGUGAACAUG